GAGAGAGAAAAGGGAAGGCAUCGCCUUUCUGCAUCUUCCGGCGACCGGAAAUCUCAUCUCCCGCCCUUUUCUCGCCGGGAUCUGGCCUGAAUCCCGAUCUGCGAUCAGAUUUCGUCAGAUCGUUGUCAGAUGCGACGGGAAUUCAUGGAAGAUCGAAAUAUAUGAGGUUUCUGUAUCUGAUCUCUCCGCCCGUUCGUCCUUCCGGAGAAGAGAUUUCAAGAUAGGGUUUGUUCUCUCUUGAAAUGCCGCUGUAGAGGGGGGUUUCUCUUGGAAAAUGCAGGCAUUUUGAGGUUUUUUUGGAGAGAUUCGAGGUAAGAAUCGUUCAAGAACUGUAGAAUUUCUGCAAAAAUCGGAGGAGAAAAUUCUCAUAUUUUUAAACAGGAUUUUUCGCUGAAAUUUGAGGCAUUUUAGGAGUGAUUCUGGUUAGAAUCGGUCUGAUUCGUUCGAUUUUGUUGUGUUUUCUUUUUUUAGAGAUUGGUUGAUUUAGAUUGUUGGGAGCGGAUAUGAGAUUGUGAUUUUUAGAGUUUACUUCCGUUUCUCAGCAGCUGCAUUGAUUGUAAAUCUGUAGUUUCGAUCAAGGAAAGAUCGAAUCUGCAUCUUCUUGAUUUGAACAGCCGGCUGUUGAUGCGAAUUUGUAUCUGAAGCUGACCGUUUGGAUGUUGUAAGGGAGUUGGUGUUGUAUGUAUGGGGGAAUAUAAUUGGAGGGGCCAGUGCGACGAUGUGUAGAUUAGAGAAGUCGGGGAAAUCUGAUUGUGUUGAGAGGCAGAGACAGAUGGGUCUGAAAUCCUUUGGGGAGACGACGAAGGCAGAGAAAUCCAAGGGUCCGACGGUCACUCGGGGCCGAAUGAAGCUGUGGAUGAUCCGUGCAACGACCACGGUCCUGCUCUGGACUUGCGUCGUCCAGCUGACUGCGUUGGGGGAGAUGUGGGGCCCACGAGUGCUGAAAGGCUGGCCUUCUUGCUUCACACCGUCUGAUUCAUCCUUGGCGGUGAAGUCGUCUUCGAUUCCUGAGAGGAUCGCACUUCCUCCCAAGAGGGUUUACAAGAACAAUGGUUAUUUGAUGGUUUCUUGCAAUGGAGGGCUUAAUCAGAUGCGUGCAGCGAUUUGUGAUAUGGUUGCCAUUGCAAGAUAUUUGAAUGUGACGCUUAUAGUACCUGAGCUGGACAAAACCUCAUUCUGGGCUGAUCCAAGCGAGUUCAAAGACAUAUUUGAUGUUGACCAUUUCAUUACAUCCUUGAGAGAUGAAGUUCGGAUACUUAAAGAAUUGCCGCCGAGGCUAAAGAGAAGAGUGGAGCUAGGAAUGGUAUAUUCCAUGCCACCCAUCAGUUGGUCUAACAUUUCUUACUACCUUAAUCAGAUUCUCCCAUUGAUACAAAAGCACAAAAUUGUGCAUUUGAAUAAGACUGAUGCCCGUCUUGCCAAUAACGGCCUACCCAUAGAGAUUCAGAAGUUGCGUUGCCGGGUAAAUUUCAGUGCUCUACGCUUCACUUCCCAGAUAGAAGAGUUGGGGAGAAGAGUCAUCAGGCUGCUAAGGCAGAACGGCGGCCCCUUUUUGGUCCUCCAUCUCCGAUAUGAAAUGGAUAUGCUUGCAUUCUCUGGCUGCACUCAUGGUUGCAAUGAUGAAGAGGUUGAGGAGUUAACAAGAAUGAGGUAUGCAUACCCCUGGUGGAAAGAGAAAGUUAUAAACUCCGACCUGAAAAGGAAAGAUGGCCUCUGCCCCUUAACCCCGGAGGAGACUGCCCUAAUUUUGAAGGCUUUGGACAUUGACCGUAAUGUCCGCAUCUACAUUGCAGCUGGAGAAAUAUAUGGUGGUGAAAGGAGAAUGUUGAGUCUAUCAUCAGCAUAUCCCAACUUGGUGAGAAAGGAGACGUUGUUGGAAUCUUCGGAUCUGAGGCUUUUCCAGAACCACUCGUCUCAGAUGGCAGCGCUGGAUUAUUUGGUGUCACUAGAGAGUGACAUCUUUGUUCCUACAUAUGAUGGCAACAUGGCCAAAGUCGUGGAAGGCCAUCGCAGAUCAUUAGGUUUCAGGAAGACGGUUCUGUUGGAUAGAAAGCUUCUUGUCGAUCUGAUAGACCGCUACAAUAACGGCUCUUUGAGCUGGAAUGAAUUCUCCUCUUCCGUGAAGGAAGCUCACGCCAGUAGGAUGGGAAACGCAAUGAGCAGAACUGUGAUACCUGAUAGACCCAAAGAAGAAGACUAUUUCUACUCGAAUCCAGAGGAAUGUCUGCAUCAGACCUAUGAGCCGUCGAUCAGUAGUACAUGAUGUGCUAGUUUCAACAUCUCUAGAGGGUUUCCAAGAGUCGCACCAUCAGCACCGUUCGUCCCUAUUUUUUCAGAAGAACACACAGAUCCAGUUCUCUCUGAGAGGUCCUCGGGACCCACCAGAAGAAAGAGAGACGAGCUGCGAGGAAGACAUAAUUGGGGGCAAGCUCAUAGAAAACACGUGGGGAGAGGUUCUCCAAAAGCAGCUGGGGUACAUAUAUUAUAACCUUUUUUAUAAUUUAUAAUUUUGCAAAUAAUAUCUCAAUUCUUGUAUAGAGCUAUCCCCCCAGCCGACAGCUGCUGCAUGUACAACAUAGCAGAUUCAAAUAGAGAGAUUCUCAGCCGUUUGUUUUUAUUGUUUAUGGAGAUUUGUGGAGAGAAGGUCAGUUGCCCUCUUCAUCCCAUUCCUGAAUUUUUCUUCUUUCUUUCCUUGUUCUGGGUUCUUUAUGUUCUUAAGAUACGGAUACUAGUACGCAGUACUCGGCCGGACAUGAAUCCGGAAGUUGUAUGCAAGAACACCACAUAUUUUCUAUUAGUUAGCGAUGCUACUUAUGUUUUCUA